ACGAAGAGUAGUUGCUUUAAUCUAUAACCUAACUUUAGGUUUUUGUCCAAGUUAAAAAGAUUUUUAUAAAUAUAUUGUUUUUUUUCUGCUAAUCGACGAACCAGAGUAAUUAUAUAAAUAUUGUUAUUAAUAAUGUCUAAAAAUACAGAAAAAGCAUUAAAUAUACUUAGAGCAUUACCAAGAGUUUGUCUGGCCAAUAUCAGAGACAAUCCGGGUAGUAGACUAGGACCCAAAAGAGGUAGAGCACAACACGGAGGAGAUAAACAUGGAGCUGGAAAUAAAGGAUCCGGUCAAAGACAAAAUUAUAUGCGCUUAGGCUAUGAGACAGGAAAUAAUCCUUUUUACUUAAGAUUUCCUCAAGAAAAUUAUUAUAAAGGCCAUCAUUUGAAAAGACAAUACCCACCUUUAUCAAUGCUUGAGCUACAGAAGCUGAUUGAUACUAACAGAAUAGAUGUGUCCAAACCAAUAGACUUAGUAUCAAUAUUAAAUACAGGUUUAUACAGGCUAUUUCCUGACCAGCACCAAUUUGGUGUAAAUUUAACUGAUGAGGGUGCUGAUAUUUUCUGUGCAAAAAUAAAUCUUGAGGUACAAUGGGCCAGUGAAAUUGUAAUUGCUGCAGUAGAAAAAGCUGGAGGUGUAAUAACAACAGCGUACUAUGACCCGUAUAGUUUACAAGCCAUGGUAAAUACUACAAAAUUCUUCCAAAGAGGUGUUCCCAUACCUCGGCGUAUGAUACCCCCACCAGAUGCUAUAGAAUAUUACACUGAUCCAGCGAAGCGAGGCUAUCUAGCAGAUCCUGAGAAAGUUUCAGAGGAAAGAUUGGUGCUUGCACAAAAAUAUGGAUAUAAUUUACCAAAAAUAGAGAAUGAUUCUGAAUAUGAUAUGCUGACUGAAAGGAAAGAUCCCAGACAGAUAUUUUAUGGCUUACAUCCAGGCUGGGUUGUUAACUUGAGGGAUAAAAUUAUUUUGAAACCUAAAGAUGAAGAAUUAUUAGAAUAUUACGCUUCUUAAUAUAAAAACAAAUAUAUAGUUAUUUAA